GCCUGCACCCAGGCAGGCUGGAAGUAGGACUCCGCGCACCUUCCUCCGCCCAGCACAUUCUCGGGAAGCCUCGCCCAGCGGCCGCUCGCACCCCAGCACCAUGGAUCCUGCUCGUCCUCGGGGGCAGUUACCGCUGUUGCUCUUGAUGGGAGCUGCGCUGGGCGUUCUUGCUCAGGCGCUCAUAGGAAAUAACAGCGAGAUCUGUCUCCUGCCCCCGGACGAAGGGCCCUGUCGCGCCCGGAUUCCCAGUUACUACUACGACAGGUACACGCAGAGUUGCCGCCAGUUUAUGUACGGGGGCUGCGAGGGCAACGCCAACAAUUUCGAAACCAGGGCAGCCUGUGAUGAAGCUUGCUGGAGGAUAGAGAAAGUUCCCAAAAUUUGCCGGUUGGAAGUCAGCAAGGACCAGUGUGAGGGGCCCAGAGAAGAAUAUUUCUUCAAUCUAAGUUCCAUGACAUGUGAAAAAUUCAUGUCUGGUGGGUGUCGCCAUGAUGAGAAUCGGUUCCCAGAUGAAGCUACUUGUAUGGGCUUCUGUGCACCAAAGAAAAGUCCAUCAUUUUGCUACAGUCCAAAAGAUGAGGGAUUAUGCUCUGCUAAUGUGACUCGCUAUUAUUUUAACCCAAGAUACAAAGCCUGUGAGGCCUUCACCUAUACUGGCUGUGGAGGCAAUGACAAUAACUUUGUUACCAUGAAAGACUGCAGGCGUGUGUGUGUAAAAGCCUUGAAGAAGGAAAAGAAAAAGAAGACACCAAAGCUUCUCUUUCCCAGAUAGACACCUGAAAAUGUGAAAGAAAGAAGCAAUUUUAAACAUU